CAAACGCAUAGACUUGACAUGGGAUUGCCAAACACAAUCCUCUCCUCUACAAUGUCAAUGACGAAAAUCCGCAACAGGCUAGGACCUUUGAAUAAGACUUGAGCAAUAACAAUUUAGUGGACUCAGAUUUGCUGUUUGUAGCGAUUUGCAGUCCCUUGACCUUCUAUAUCUUGUGGAAAAAUCCAGUACAACGCAGCGGAGAUACAUCGUCAAGUGACUUUCACCACUAGGUCCUGAGCAACGAGCCUCCGCCGCUGCUUUCCAAUAAUCCCAUCAUCAUGCUUCAGGUUAAAUGCGAUCCAAGUCUACUGGACACCUGAUGUCCGGUCGAGAGCAGAAUGCCAACUCCAGUAUGAUAUCCCUCGAAGUUUGAUCAUUAGCCUCAGUGCAAUUUGAAACCUUAUGUCUCGAAUUGCUAGUAUUUUAUUGAUAUUGUGUGGAGCCAGCAACUGAAAGAGGCAGAUGGUGCAAUACUGUAGUUGUUCGUCAUGUGUGAUGCGUGUGCAGUUAAAGGAAGCCGUUCCCAGCAUUAGAGCAACUCACCACAUGCUAACAUCUGGUUUCUCAGCUGUUAUGUUUCUCGAAAACUGUCAUUGCUCUCACACUUCUCGACCAGCAAGGUACCUCAAGAGUGCACCAACAUUUCAUGCAAACCAACGUGCGUUUUCUGAUUCCUGCAACCCAAAUCUAUCUAAGAACCAUGACUCUUAUUUCACAUGCAAUCAAAUGAAAAUCAGUUAUUCCUUUGAAAGAUCUCCCUCUGCAAAAGCUGAUCGACCACAAGACUUAGGCAGUGAAGUGCACACGAGAGAUGGAUUGUUCAGACAGGACCCAAAAACUUGAAGGCUUCAUUCCCAAGAACGGGUCAUCGAAGCACGCGAGCUCUUACCUCCAACCGUCGAAUCCUCGCCUUUGUCUGCUUGAGUCCUGG